AUGGAGAAAAAAAUUGGGUGUGUGUAUAAAAUUAAGGAGAGCAGGAGAGGAAAAGGUUUGUCUAAGCCAGGUGAUGAAGCAAAAAAAAAGGGGGCGCGGUUACGUUACUUUAAGGAUACACAGGAAAAUGAAGCCAGUGUUCCUGGUGAUGCAGCCAGUGUAGCUGGUGAUGCAGCGAGCAUUCCUAGUGAAGCAGCCAUCAUGCAUAGUGAAUCAGCGAAUGUGGUUGGCGAUGCCAACCGUAGGACUGAAGUCCACUCCUAUGCCAAUGGGAGAGGGAUGAACCGUUUUGAAGCUCCACAGUGGAGUAGCAAUGUGGAAGAUCCACCGUAUAGCCAUUCCAAACUAAGGAAAAGUGAUCAAGGAGAAAGUUACCUGAACGACAUAGAUCUGAAUGAAGAAUCAGAUCCAGUAGAGAAGGAGAAUGAAGGACAACUUCGUUCUUCCACUCUGCUACCUGAGACUGCAUAUCAGAGGCAAAGACGGGGAGGCAUGACAAGAGAGGCUGAUCAGAAGCAGAGCUCAAUUUGGGGGGAAGACGAUAUUAUGCACAUGGGUGUGGGCUUUCCUGAGGAGGUACCCCCGGCGGGAAGAACCGAACAAGAUCGCGAAUGCAGUGGUGGUGACGCCGUGUAUUCUGUGUACGCUGCGUGUGCUAUGUGCACGGAUGGAGGGUUGGAGGAUGCCGAUUUGGUCGAUGCUGCUUUGUCAGGUGCCGACUCGAACACUGCGAAGGACACCGCCAACUGCGCACGCAGCUCCCAUUUCGUAGAGAGUGACCAGGAGGAGGAACUCCGGGGAAUGAAGCCACCCGAACAGAAGGAUAAACAGGCAGACAGCGAAGACGACAACGAAAUAAAAAACAUAUUAGACGUGCUGCAGAAUUUAAAAAAUUAUAAUUUUGAUGAUACAGCCAAUUUCGAUAAUGAUGCACUUUACGAACCAUUUGAUGAUGAUGCGGAAGAUGAAGAGACGGGAAAGAGUAUAAUGGACCCACUUGUUCAGGAGAGGAACGCCCCUUUUUUGGAGAGCGACUAUGUUUUUAAGGGCCCUACUGGUGAGGGUGCUACCAAUGUUGAGGCUGCCAUCAAUGAUGAAGCAUCUGCCUCUGCUGCGGAGGGCGAUGACGCUAGUGAUAGCAACGCGCACGAGUACCUAGAUCUGCGGAAGAUAAAGGAGCAGUACAGGAGGUACAACUUCUCGCUAAGCGAUGUUGAAGAGGGGGGAGAGGCCGAAAACGUGGGGGAGGCGACGCAGUCAAAGGCAUACAUGAACACAGGGGAAGAGGAAAAUUAUCAGAGUAAGGAAAAGGAACGCGCUGAUAAUCCCCACGAGGGGGAAGUAGGAGGGGAAGAAGAGAAGGGUGGCACAGACCACGUCGUGGGUGAAAUGUCGCAUGAUGACAAGCACAUGUCUGACGCGGUCGACGGUGAGGACGCAAACCACAAGAUGAGCACUCCAAAUAAAGUUAAAAAAAAAAAGAAGAAAAAAAGGAGCGGAAAAAAAGGAAAAACAUAUUCUGAGCAUUGCGACAGUGCGGGUGUCGGAGGGGAUGGUAACGAAGACGUAGACGGUGACGAUAGGAGUGUUCCCAGUAAUGGACAGAGGGUUAGUAGUGGGGACCGUCCCAGUGGCGGAGAACAGGUUAGCGGUGACGGGGGAGAGAGUGCCUCCAUUUUUGUGACCAACCGCUCUGGAGAAGCCCUUGCAGCCGAAGAUUGCGAACCGAACGGGGAGACGACAAAAAUGGAAUCCAUCCCAAACGGAGGAAAGAACAACAAGGAGAGAGUUGAACUGCACGAAUGUAACAGCGCAACCGAGUCGGGUGUGCCAUCUAGCAAAGACAAAGUCGAACGCGAGGAGAAGAUAAGAAGGAAAAAAUUGCUUAAGCAAAACAUCGGUAACUUAAACAAUAAGGGAGGAGAUAACCAGAGGAAUGAAGCCAAUUUUGACGCACACGGUGCAGUGCAGAAUGGAGGCACUUGGACGAAGGCUAACUUGCCGAGCCAGGAGGAGAGCACCAAGGGGGGGGAGAACCCCCCAUAUGGGGACCUCUCAGAAGAAGUGAGGAACAUAAUAAAUUCCAAUGACAGUGAUGAGGAGGAUUAUAACCACUUCGAGUUUGAUCACUAUCUGAGCAAAUUGCAUAAUUUGAAGAGCCUGCUUCGACAGGAGGUGAUUCAGAGCGAUGAAGAGGUUGGAGGUGAAGCGGCGCAGCCACGGGGGGAGCAGGUGUACACUGCAGAGGGGGGGCGGAAAGGGGAGGAAGAAGCAAAAGAAGCAGAAGAAGCACAAGUUGAAGUUGACGUUGAAGGGGACGAAGAAAAAGAAGACGUGGACGUUGAAGAGGACGACGCCGUGGAUGGAGAUCAUGUGGACAAUGCGGCCGCUUCAGAUGACUGCGCCAAUUCGAACCCCUCGAAGGAGCUUCCCCGCGCAAGGGCGCGUAAGAGGAGCCCCCGCGGAGAGGUAACGGCCAAGGCGACGCCCGAGGCGACGCCCGAAGCACAACUGGUCGAAGUAGACCUCUUCGCUGAAAGGAACAGCCGACUCAAAAGGGAAGUCAAAAGUCUACAAAGAGAAAUGAACAGAUACAAAAAAAUGGAAAAGACAUUUCACAAAAAUAGAGAAAAAUAUAAAACAAAAUUAACACUAAUUAGAGAAUACGAAAAGAAAAUCGAUCACAUGAUAAUGGACUUCAAAAAGUUAAAAGACACAUGCACAAGUAAGGAGAAGAAGUUGGCAAGAUUUGAAGAAGUAGUAAAAUAUAUGAAUGAGCAGUUUGCCAUGAGUAAGAUCCAAUUCGAAAAUAAAAUGAAUGAGUAUGUUCUAUUUCUAAAAAAAAAGGACUCCGAAAUUUAUAUGCUAAAGGAGCUCAUUAAGGAAAAGGAGAAAAUCGUCACCUUUAAUGAGACCAUUCUGAAGCAGUACAAAAGCGACAUCGAUGACAUGUUAAGGCAGAACAUCGAGCGAGUGGAACAUGUUAAGGCGAAACUGAAGACCCAACAAGAGCUAAUCAUAGAAAAGGAGAGUAAAAUUAAAACACUUCAGGAGGAUGUUAGGAGCUACUCUGAUCAGUUAGACCAAAUGGAUAGCAAAAUGAAGAAAGUGCUGUACCAGAGAGAGGUGGAUGAGGAGAGGAGGAAAGAAGUAGAGAGCAAUUAUCAAAAGGAGAGAAAAAAAAACGAAAAUCUAAUCAACCAAGUGGAGCAACUCGGGAGGGAAAACAAAGACUUACAUUACAAAGUGGAAAAUUUGCUGCAGAGCGAAAAGAGCAUUAUGAACGGCAAGGUAGAAUUGGCCGAAAGCCAAAAGGUGUUAAGCAUGGAUAAUGAAAAAAUGAAAAAGGAGAGAGACAUGCUCCUAAAUGAGAAGACACAACUGCAGGAGAAAUGCAACCUGCUCAGCACAGAAAAUGGGAAAAUUAACGACCAGAUAGGAGCCCUCCAAAGGGAAAAAAACGAACAGGAGAGGGAGAUAACCAGACUGAAGGAAGAUGUAAUCAAACUCAGGGAGGAGUUCUCCAAAUUGGAGGAGAAACACUCCAAAUUGAAAGAAGAAAAGGACCAAAUGGAAGGGAAAAGUCUCACACAGAAAGGCGAAAAAGACACGUUGCAAAAUGAGCUAGAAGAGACCAAGCGCAAGAUGGAAGACUGCGUGAGGGAAAAUGAGAAGCUAAAAAGCAUGUUGGAUGAAAUGAGCUCCAAAAAUGAGAAUCUUCUAUCAAAAAAGGAGCAGGAAGAACAAAGACUGAGAGAAUAUAUCAAAGAUGUGGAAGACAAACUGGAGGAGCACAAGACACUUUACUGCAAGGAAAAGGAAGUCAUACAAAAUCUGAGCAACGAGAAAAAUAAAUUCAUUAAAGAAUGCGAACGGUUAAAAAGUAGGAAUAAAAAAAUCAUCUCCAAGUUGAAGGAGAAAAAGAGCAAUCUUUCCAGAAGGAAAAAAGAAAAAAGUAACUUCGCACAAAAGGUACAUUCACUGGAAGAAGCCUUCCAAAACACAUACAACGAACUGGAGGAAGAGAAAAACUCUCUAAAGGAAGAGCUCCAUGAUGUCAAAGUCACAAAUGAAGACUUAAAAAAAAAAGCGCAAAAUCUUCUCAACGUCAAUGAGGUGCUAAUCAAAGAAAUGAAAACUUACAAUGAAGAGAAAGAUAAAUUCAUUAAAGGGUUGAAGAACAUCAAACUGGCUUACCUCAAGAUAAGAAAAGAAAACGAGGAGCUAAAGAAGGACGCUUUUGCAUAUAUUAAAAAGGACGUGGAGGAAAACUACGUCCCCCUCUCUGCACACAACCAGCUUUUACACGAACAGAAGAGUUUGGUUGAGGAGAAAGACACUCUUCAGGAGAAGCUCAAGGAAAAUGAGACCCUCAUCGCAAAGCUGCAUAAGGAUAAAGAAGACUUGGGCGAAAGUUUGACCAGACUUUCCAAGGAGAACGAGGAGCUCAAAACGAACAUCCGAGUCAAGAAUAAGAUUACGGAGGAUAUCACGGCCAACGUGGAGAAACUAAAAACUGACCUCACCAGCAAGGACGAAGAAGUGAAGAAAAAAGUGCUCGAAGUUAAGAAAAUGGAGCGCGACUAUAAGAAGCUCCUGGACGAUUACAAAAAUGAAAAAAAAAGUUUAAUUUCAAAAUACGAAAACGAGCUGGACGACUACCUGCGAAAGUGUGAAUUGGCCCACGCCAAAUAUAAGAAGUGCGAGGAAGAGAUCAAGGAACUGAAAAAUAAACUGAAGGUGAAGGAUGAUGUGAUAGAAUACACACACAAAGAAAUUGAAAACAUUAAGGAGUCCUUCUGCAACGAAUACGAAUGUAAAAUUAAGGAUGUCGUGGAAGAGAAGGACAAGGAAGUGUACGCCAUACAGAGAAGAUGCAAGGAGCUGCACGAGGACAACAACAUAAACAAAAACGAAAUCGCCAAGCUAAACAAACUGCUGGAAGAUGCAAAUAAGAAAAUAAAGAAGAGAGACAUGGAAAUGUACAUACUGCUGGAAGAAAACAAAAAGCAGAAGGAGAAGGCAGCCAAAAAAAUGAACAAAGUGAACGAGCUGCUGAACAACCUGCAGAAGGAGUACACGGAUAGUAUUCCGUGA